AUGGCGGUCAAUUCCGAGUGCUGGCAUGAUGCCCAUGGACAGCUUCUCUUACGCUUUUCCAAGCCAAGGCUUCCGUCCCCAGACCUCUCUGCAUCCAUGACCUACAUAGGGUCGAUCAUGCAAGGCAUGGAGCCUGGGAGCUCUUGUCGUCCAAUCAACCAAGAACGUGGCCCCUCACCGCCGGAUGCAAUGCCUUUGGCCCAGAACUUAUAUAUCGCUGCUCUCUGCAAUCAAAGAAGCUUCGACAUGACAGAGAGUCGCUAG